AUGAAUACCGUCCUUCAACAGAUUCUGCAAGCUCUUCAACAGCUUUUGCAAGGUCAGCAAAGACAUAGCAAUGCAAUUCAACAGAUUCUGCAACAGAUUCUGCAACAUCAGCAACAACAACAGCCACAACAACAGCCACAACAACAGCCACAACAACAACAGCAGCAGGAUGAUGAUGAUUAUGAUAAUGUCCUGGCUUUCUUAGAUGAGAUACUUCAGCCACAACAACAGCCACAACAGCUGGCUGCAGUGAAUGAGGAUGUACGGGAUGUAUUCAAUGAAUUUCGAGGAAAUGGCGAGAACAACCAAGUGGCACAAAAUGAAUUAGUAUAUCGCUAA